AUGGGUGUGCACAGUUGCACGUCCACCCUGUCGAGCUCUGCUUUCUCUUCGAGGCCAAAAAGAGUACGUACCCCAUGCUCACUCAACUUAAUUAACAGGACAGAUGGUUAUGCCAACUAUUGGGUUAUACCGCAGUUCCCAGAGAUAUACUCUAUCGACAAGCUCAGUUUCAUUUUGGGCCCAAUGUCCACUGGCACUUUAAACGUGACAAUGGGGAGAGAACUUAAAGAUCUGGUCUCAUGUAUUGGCAACGAACCAGAGAUCCUGAAGCUAGUUGAAGAGUUGGGUGAAGAUGUGCAUUCCGCAAUUGUGGCCGCUGUCGACUGCCAACCAAGGGAGAGAUCGUCUCCCCCGAAGACCGUAUCGUCGGUGUCAUUUACGAGCCUGGGAGCCAUAGAUGUGCAUCCCACAAAGCCAUGGAUUUUGGCGGGUGGUAACAACUAUCUUACCAUUUGGGACCAAAAUGAGGAGGCAACAGUGUUUGCAUUAGAUGUGAAUGAGGAAGGAAGCACGGUCCCAAGACUAGGGAUUGUGGCGGUUAUAUUCAUCCCUCGAAAGCAAUGGUUUGUGACCACAGAUGAUGCGGGAUAUGUCCAAGUCUACUCCUGUGAAACAUGGCAAAGAAUAAAGACAUUCAGAGUUACCAGUACCAGUCAUAGCCAUAGCUUUGUCAUGUCAAUGGCGAUUCACCCUAUACCCACCCAUACCUGCUAUUGGCGUGUAUUGACGGCCUGUUCGAGCUCUGGAACUGGGACAAGGGCUGGACCUGUUCUCAAAAAGUUCGCUCAUCCUCUGACAGUUCAACCCUAA